AUGGACGCGGAUGAGGCGCUGGGGUUCCGGGAGGACGACGCCAUCCGCUUCAUCUUCGGCGAGGACGUCGCCGCCAGGGCCGACUCCGACUGCCCCAACUCCACCGCCGCCGCCAGCGCCUUCGACAGGUCGCUCGCGGAGCUGCGCGUCUUCCAGGAGGUCUUCUCCAGGCCGCCGGGCCACAAGCAGGCCGCGGGGAGGCCGCGCUUCGGGGUGGCCGAGACCUCGCUGCUCCCCGGCGCCCACUUCGCCGCGCAGCGGCCCGCCGACGCGCUCCGGGCCCGGGCAGAGGCGGGCCUCGGCCUCAAGGCCCAGCCGCCCCCGCCGUUCCGCGGCGACCACAUUGUGUCCGCCCCGGUGCACGCCGGCGCAGGCCUCCCCCUGGAGGGACGCAUGCAUGCUCACCGGCAGCGGAGCACUGUUACUACGAUGGAGGGCAGAGUGGAUCUCGGUGUCAGCAAUAGAGGGCAUGCGCAUUGUUACAAUGAGCAACAACGCGGCACUGCUGUCCAGGAAGAGCAUGCACAUUGUUACAAUGGCCAGCACGGGACUGCUGCCCAGGAGGAUGCGCAUGGUCACAGCCAGCACAAUGGGAUCCAGGAGGAGCAUGCACAUCGUCACGCCGAGCAGAAUGGGGGGAUCGAUGGGUUGGCUCUGGAGCUGGAUGCCGUGCUGCAGGGCUUCUUAGGGUACUGGCCAGGCGGAGCCACGGCCGGGAGCUGUGACCAGCAGCAAGUGUUUGGUGCGGCUGCUGUCGGUAUUGGUGCUAACACCGUUGACAUGCGCAUGCAAGCGAUGGCUGAAGACACCAACAUUGCUGCUGGGACGUGCGACACGGUCGGGUUUGCUGGCAGCAGCAGCACGAGCGGGGUCGAUGAUCCCAUGCCGUCCUACAUGGACGCGCUGGCAGAGUUCUCACAGUUCCAGGCUGACCCUUCUCUUGCUGACCCGUUUUUGUAUCAGUGGCUACAAGAUCAGCAGCCGUUCCCGAGCGACGCCUCGUGCCUAAGUUAUGAUCAAGGACAAAUUGUUGACAAUGGCCAAGCGUUGUACACAUGUAGCCCGGCAGAUUUACCUGACAGAGGAGCCAUAGAAUACCCACACUUCAGCAAGCCAGCCUAUGAUGCCGCAGCGCCACCUCGCCUCUCCCAUGAUUAUGUUGGAUCUGGGCAGUUUCUUGAACUUGAGCAACAUCCUGAGAAGGGCACGCCCGAUGCAAAUACUAGUUCGCUAGAUGAUGUUGAUGUUCCUCAGUCCAGCAGUCUACAGUCUGUACCACCUGUUGCUUGUACCAAGAGGACUUUAGGCAGGGAUCUUCCUGAUCAGUUGGAAGCGCAUGCGCAAUGCCUUUUCAAGGAUGCUGGCUGGACCAUCAAGCCACGGAAAAGGAAUGACAGGGCUAAGAUGGCAUCCUAUUUCACAGCACCGCACAGGGAAGUGGUCCUCAGCUCACUAACUCAGGCCUGGAAGUUUUGUGGGAACAAAUUAUACGAAGCUUCUCCCGGUUCACAGAGGGGUAAGCAUCAGAUGGAGUGGUCAGAUGUUGAUAAGUUUUGGAAGGACCUCACUGAUACUAUGGAGUAUAUCCAGCAGGUACUUGUGAACCAACAAAACGCACUCACACUUCUUGAACGGUGGGAGCUUUUGGAUCCUUUCAUUGCUGUCGUGUUCAUCGGUAGGAAAAUUACUGCUCUGCAACAGGGUAGUACUGUCAGAGCUGUUGAUAGUUCAAUCAUUGUUCUUGAUGACAACAAGAAUAUGCCCUCGGAGAGUAAAAGGAAACAGAAAGCCAGUGACCCUUUAACCGCCCGCAAGGUUCAGCCCACUCCUGUGAUGAUGGGAUCUGAUUGUGGAGCACGAGCAAUUGAGAGCUGCAGCAGGAGCCAGGCUGUACCGAGCUGUCAUGAUUUGGAAGGUCUCCAGAACAGGGAUAUUAACCUGAAAAAUGGCUACACACAAGGUCAGAAUUGCGGGGCAACUGACCGAAAUGAGAAUCACAUUAAUCAAAGCACUGAAACCCAGCAAUUUUACUCAGGAGCAGCGCUCAUCAAUAAUUCGGUGAAAAAAGCAAGGAAGAAGCCCAAAAUGACAUUGGAUGUUGAUGCAAAUGGAUUAGAUGGGUUGUACGCUCAAAUAUUUAUGCAACACUCUAUGGGGAGUGUAUUUAACCAAGACAGCAACGUAGCGAUGCUUGAUUUUUCUAAUCCAGGAAAUAUUAACCUCUCUGGAAAACAUGGUAUUUAUUCGUCUGUUGGCACGGUGAAAAAGCAUUUGAAAGCUGAAUCCAGACCGUUAAAGCUAAAUGGAAACAGCCAAAGCGACAAACCUGGCAUGCUGUUGCCUCCAGAGAGCAAGCAAAUGAGCGUGCUAAAUCGUGAGGGUACUGUUAAAGAACCUUUGGAGCAUACAAUCUCAGGACCUGGUUCUGAUGCAAGGGAGUCAGGUGCCGAUGAAACCGCCCCUAUAGAGUUGGUCCAGAAGAAGUUACCUUCAGAGAGCAACCAAAUGAUUGUUUUAAGAGGUGAGGGUACUGUUAAAGAACCUAUGGAGCAUACAAUCUCUGAACCUUAUUCUAAUGCAAGGGAGUCAGGUGCCAAUGAAACUGUUCCUACAGAAAUGGUCCAGAAGAAGUUGCCUUCAGUGAGCAACCAGAUGAGUAUGUUAAGAGGUGAAGGUAUUGUUAAAGAACCUAUGGCGCAUACAAUCUCUGAACCUGAUUCUAGUGCAAGGGAGUCAGGUGCCAAUGAAACUGUCCCUAUAGAAAUGGUCCAGAAGAAGUUGCCUUCAGAGAGCAAGCAGAGUAUGUUAAGAGGUGAGGGUACUGCUAUGGAACAUAAACGCCUUAAAAGCUCUGAACCUGAUUCAAAUGCAAGGGAAUCAGGUGCCAAUGAGAUCGCCCCUGUAGAAAUGGUCUACCAGAAGUUGCCUUCAGGGAGCAAGAAGAGCAUGUUAAGAGGUGAGGGUACUGUUAAAGGACCUACAGAGCAUACAAUCUCAAAACCUGAUUCUAAUGCAAGGGAGUCGAGUGCCAAUGGGAUUGCCCCUUCAGAAAUGGUCCACAAGAAGUUGCCGUCAUUGAAGGAAUCAUCUCCUAGAACUCCCCCCAAGGAUCCCCUUAAGGUUUCAGUCGACAAUGCUGUUCGUGCUGAGUUAUCCCUUGAGUCUAAUGCUGCUCCCCUGAAAACUGAUUUAUCUCGUGACUCACAAAUCUGCAAGACGAUCGCUGCUAAAAGGAAACCUGAAGGUUGUGAUAAACAUAUCAAGAAAAGACCUCUUGAGUUGCGUAUCCACGACGAUGACCUUUUGAUCACAGCUAUUGUAAAAAACAGGGACGUCGACUCCUACAACAAAUUUGCUGCAAGCUCAGAUUUUUCGGUUGCAAAGUACAAAAAGCUUAAAGGCCAAAAGAGGGCUACCAAACUGCUUGGAAAAGGGGGGACAAACCUAUUGGGUGGGAAGAGAAUAAGUCUGGCACGGAAAACUGUGCUCUGCUGGUUGAUUGCAACCGGCUUUCUGACCGUAAAAGAUGUUAUUCAGUAUCGGGAUCUGAAGAGCAACGAAGUUGUUAAGGAUGGGCAGGUCACCUGGGAAGGGAUUCUUUGCAAAUGUUGCGCAAAAACCUUAUCUGUAUCAGAGUUCAAGGCUCAUGCUGGUUGCUGUCUGCCCAAGUCCUCAUUAGGCCUCUUUCUGCAGUCUGGCAAGUCGUAUACUCUAUGCCAGUUGGAGGCUUGGUCUGCCGAAUUGAUGAGCAGGAGAAGUGAUGCAUGUGGUAGGAAAGUCGAGGCGAUGGAUGAAAAUGACGAUACAUGUGGUUUCUGUGGAGAUGGCGGUGAAUUACUUUGCUGUGACAAUUGCCCAUCAACAUAUCAUGAAGCUUGCUUGUCUGCCCAGGAGCUUCCAGAAGGCAGUUGGUACUGCCAUAAUUGCUCAUGCCGGAAAUGUGGGACUCCAGUUAGUGAAAAUGAGGUUCCGUCAUCCUCAGAUAUCUUGAAAUGUCUGCAGUGUGGAGAUGCAUACCAUGACACGUGCAUUAAUCAUGAGAUGCUGCCCUGUGAUGAUAAAAGAUCUAACACAUGGUUUUGUGGGAGAUACUGUAAGGAGAUAUUCCUUGGACUACAUAGUCAUGUUGGGAUAGAGAAUAUUAUUGACAAUGGGCUUUCAUGGACCAUAUUGAAGUGCUGCAGUGAUGGUCGGAAGCUACAUUCUGCCCGGAAGAUAGCCCAAAUGACGGAAUGUAAUACAAAAUUGGCAGUGGCUCUUACUUUACUGGAGGAAUGUUUCAUUCGUAUGGUUGAUCCUCGAACUGGUGUAGACAUGAUACCACAUGUCUUGUACAAUAAGGGAUCAAACUUUGCGCGCUUAGAUUAUCAGGGAUUCUACACUGUAAUCCUGGAGAAAGGUGAUGAGAUUCUAUGUGUAGCAUCUAUCAGGUUACAUGGGACCAAAGCAGCCGAGCUGCCUUUCAUUGCUACUUGUGUGGAUUAUCGCCGUAAAGGGAUGUGCCGAAGGCUGCUGGAUAUCAUUGAAAAGAUGCUGAGAUCGUUCCACGUCGAGAUGUUGGUCCUUUCUGCCAUCCCAGAGUUGGUUAAUACAUGGGUCUCGGGAUUUGGUUUCAAACCUAUCAAGGAUGAUGAGAGGAAGCAACUUCGUAACGUUAAUUUGAUGUUAUUUCCUGGGACAUCCCUGCUAACCAAAAGAUUGGAUGGAAAUAUGACUACAAAACCAGAAAAGGAAGAAGGCACACAUAAUGUUUCUGGAUUAACUAACGGGAAAUGUUUGCCUGACGGGAAAGCACAUGAGCAUCUUGAACUCCGUGACCUUGAACUGCCAGAGGAGUUGAAUAAUGAGGUUGCAAUGAAUGGUUCUUUGAGAACACUAAAACGUGAAUUUAGUCCUGCAGCAUGGUUCAAUUCCACUAAGCUAGCUGUUGGUGAAGUGUGA